AUGAAGAAACAAAGCAUUAAGGUUAGCAAAGAAACUUCAAGAAUAUUAUUACAAAAUCAGCCAAUUCUCUCUAACAUUGAAAAGGCACUUCAACUAGAACCUCAGAGUUUAAAGUUCGUUCAAAAACAAUUUAUAUGUUAUGAACCUGAUCCAAAGAAACUAAAAGAUGUAAUUCCUUUACUAAAAAUUGAAUUAAAUAAAUAUAUUGGAUUUACUGCUAAGUUUCAAUUAGAAGGAGAAACUACAGUACAGUCGCUGCUCAGCCAUUUACUAAGCCUUAGAUUUCGUUUCCCUUCUACAUCUGAUUUACGUUUUGUUCUUUUAUCAGAGAAUAAACGUCAAUGUGAAUUUUAUAUUUACGGCACAAAACCAAAUUCUAUAGAAAAAAUUAAACAUAUGAUUGGAAAAGAAUCACCAAUCAUUUUCGAGGAAUACCAACGGUUUCAUCUCAUUCCUUCUUUAGUUCAUAAAAAUUAUUAUCAAUUAUUCAAUCUUGUGGACCAAUUAAAUUUAACAACAAUUCCUCAAGACUUUGAAGAAGGAGUUGUUCCAACUGUAUAUGGAACUAGAGGUUAUAUGAAAGAAUUUAAAAAACAAGUAGAUAAAAUAGAAGUUGCAAUGGUAGAAGUCAUUAAAAUAAAAACAAAAACAACAAUAGGAAUGAUAGAAAAGAAUUAUUUUGAUGAUAAAUUUGAUGAGAUGGUAUCUAAAACAAUGAAAACACCACCAGGGUAUUGGUGUAUUUUCACUCAAAGUGGAAAAACAAUGCAUUGUGAAUUGCAUGUAGAAAAACAAUUUGCUCAACACAUUUUUAUUAGUCUUACUGGAUUUUUUGAUGGAAUAAAAAAAUUAAAAGUUAAAUCAAAUCUUAAUGGAGAUGAUGUAUUAAUUUAUAACAAAUAUUUUACUACUUUCCCAGCUCCUAUGAACUGUUAUUUUGAAAAAGUAAAGACCCCUAAAACUAACAGUUAUGAUAUUUUCGCUAUAAUCACAAUUAACAAAGACAUUAAUCCAACUGUAACAGAUGAUUGGGAAAAAAAAAUUACUGAAUACGUAGAACACAUCAAGUUUAAAACUGAUGAUGAACAACCUCCAAAACCUCUUAACUCUGAAAAAAGCAAAGUACGAAAAAGUUUUAUUUUAGUUCAACCACCCGUUUUACAAGACAAAGCCCCAAUAAAAACGACUGGUUUAAAAGAAGAAAGUCAAGUAGUCACUGAACAAAAGUCCUAUGACAAACAACCAUUAACCCAAUCUCAACCUUCAGUUAUACAACCAACUACUACACCAAAACCAAAAGAAGAAACCCAACAAGACAAGAAAGAAGAACACUUUGAAAUAUCUACAAUGGAAACUCCAAAAGUUAAUUCUGAUUCAAAAAUCUUAGCUACGUUAUGUGAACAAGGAAAUACAAACCAAUUUAUUCCUAGAAGACCAGCAAUGGCGAACUCAAAUAGAAAACCCCCAUCAAGAAAUUUACUUGAAAAACAUAAGAAAAUGAGAAUUGAAACUAAUGCUAAAGAUGAAAAAUCAUCUACUUCCAAUAAACUUAGUAGUAAUGAAAAAAAAGAAACAAAAACAGUACCUAAAAUGCCUGUUGGAGGAGGGGCUGUUCCUGUCGUUAGCUUAGCUGAUUUACAAAAGAAGACAUUAAAAACAAAUAAAGGAGGAGUCUCACCAAAAAGUAAAGUAAAUUCAUCAAAACAAGAAACUGAACUUGAAAAAGUAUUAAAGGCACAUCAACACAAAUAA